AUGAGUGGAAGAGGGAAAAGGAGCUUGGAGGGUGGUGAUAAUGAAGAUCAGCCGCCAGCUAGAAAAAUUCCUGCUUUAGCUAGUGUUAUUGUGGAAGCUCUAAAGAUGGAUCAUCUCCAGAAGCUUUUCUCGUCCUUAGAGCCAAUUCUCCGGAGAGUGGUUAGUGAAGAAGUCGAACGUGCUUUGGCAAAGUUGGGGCCCGCCCGACUCACUGGAAGUGGAAGGUCAUCACCUAAACGAAUUGAAGGGCCAGAUGGGAGGAACUUGCAGCUUCGUUUUAAGUAUAGAAUUUCUCUUCCUCUCUUCACUGGGGGAAAGGUAGAGGGGGAGCAGGGUGCUGCAAUCCACGUUGUAUUAAUUGAUGCAAACACAGGCCAUGUUGUAACAUCUGGACCUGAAUCUUCUGCGAAGCUUGAUAUUGUUGUACUAGAAGGCGAUUUCAACGAUGAAGAUGAUGAAAGCUGGACGCAAGAAGAGUUUGAGAGCCAUGUUGUGAAAGAACGUGAGGGAAAGAGACCUCUUUUGACUGGGGAUUUGCAAGUGACUCUCAAGGAAGGUGUUGGAACGCUAGGAGAUCUCACAUUUACAGAUAAUUCAAGUUGGAUAAGGAGCAGGAAGUUCAGACUUGGUCUGAAGGUUGCAUUAGAAUAUUGUGAGGGUAUACGCAUACGAGAAGCAAAGACGGAGGCUUUUACAGUUAAAGAUCACAGAGGAGAAUUGUACAAGAAACAUUAUCCACCUGCUCUUAAAGAUGAAGUAUGGAGAUUGGAAAAGAUAGGAAAGGAUGGGUCAUUCCACAAGAGGCUUAAUAAUGCAGGAAUAUUUACGGUUGAGGACUUUCUUCGUCUUGUUGUCAGAGACUCUCAAAAACUAAGGAAGAUCCUCGGGAGUGGUAUGUCAAAUAAGAUGUGGGAUGUCCUCAUAGAUCACUCAAAGACUUGUGUCUUGAGUGGGAAGUUUUAUAUUUACUACUCUGAUGAUUCAAGAAAUGUUGGUGCUGUUUUUAACAACAUCUAUGAGCUAAGUGGCCUGAUUGCUAAUGACCAAUAUUAUCCAGCAGAUUCACUUUCUGACAGCCAGAAGGUAUAUGUGGAUACCUUGGUUAAAAAAGCAUAUGAUAACUGGAACCAAGUUGUGGAGUAUGAUGGAAAUUCACUUUUGAACUUCAAGCAAAAGAAGUCGAGUGCUUUAUGUAACGAUCUUCCCAUGGGCCCAGUCAAUUAUCCUGAUGUUGUAGAGAAUCCACUUCUACCGCCAAGAUUGCCAGCAUCAGUUCCAUCUGAGCCUUCAUCAAUGAUGCCAAGCAUGCAAAUUGGAGGUUCUUCUUACAAUGACAAUACAACUACGAAAUACCCUAUCCAGUCUCCCCUUAUGAACUCCAGUUCCCGUACUCAGUUUGAUCCUGCUGCUUUUACUCACAAUGAUCAGCAGAUCAACCAUCCUCAGCAAAUUACGACGUAUGAAAAUAGCGUUGGGCUUGCACUCGGUCCUUCUCAAUCAUCAUCAUUCCAAAUAGGCAACUCCUCUGUACAGCAGACUAUGAUUAACCCGUUCGAGGAUUGGCCUCACAACAGGGACAAGGGUGUAGAAGACUUAUUGUCAGAAGAGGAAAUUCGCAUAAGAAGUCACGAAAUGCUCGAGAAUGAAGACAUGCAGCAUUUGCUUCGGCUUUUCAGCAUGGGAGGUCAUGCCUCUGUUAACGGGCCUGAAGACGGGUACAAUUUCCCUUCUUACGUUCCAGCACCCUCUCCAGGCUACAGUUAUAACGAGGACCGUACCCGUUCUGGGAAGGCAGUUGUCGGAUGGCUGAAAAUUAAGGCCGCAAUGAGGUGGGGUAUCUUCGUCAGGAAGAAAGCAGCCGAGAGGAGGGCAGAACUCGUGGAAUUAGAAGAUGAAUAG